AUAAAAAUUCCAAGGUCGUUGUUAAUUAGUUUAAAACCGAGACGGCAUAGGAAGUUUAUAAGGGUCUAGUAGUUUAUUAACAGCACUGGUCUGGUCUCUAACUAUCAACGUCGUGUGUAGACAUGUGGGUACUUCGUGACGAAGCUGCACAUCAACAUACCUUACAGACACCAGCCAAUCUACACCGAACUACUUCGCACCACGAUACCAGCACCAUACUCAACCAAACACCAAUCCUGUUUGCCCAAACUCCAACCCAUUGUUUCCCUUGGGGGGGGAAAAAAAAAAACUCUAACCGAGCCGUGGCUUCUACCCACCUUCUCACCUCUCCACAUCACCUCUUCAAGCCCCCGCCUCGAGACCCUGCCUGCCUACCCCACAACACUCUUGCUCCUUCCGACUAUCAUCCACCAAACUCGAUAAGGGACGACUUUGCACAGUGGCCAGAUGCGUACGCAAGCAUCGGCACCAACCUGGAGUGGCAGAAUUGGGAUUGUAGCCUGUCCCCUCGAGUGUUACAUCUACAUCUCCCCACCCAUCUACCGCUAUGUCACACGGCCUGGGAACUUUACCGGUCGCGCAGAGGACCCAGGACUGAAGCCGCAAACUAGCCCAGCUUGACUUCGCCUUGGGAUUGUCGUGUCUGGUGUGAGUAGUGGGAUUUAGUACAUUGGCUGUGGACUAGUUCUCGCCAACAUCUACCGGGCAAUGUUCGCAUCGCGUAGAGCCUUUUUGAGCCGUGGUAGAAGUUCUACGCUUCCUAGUGACAACGGACUCGUGGUGAGAUUAGCGGGGCAGAUUAGUGCACCGGAAUGGUUGGAUAACAUGGGAGAAGCGAGGAUGGUUCGGCUUGACGUAGUGCCAAAUAGUAUUUAUAGGGUACCG